GUGUGACCCGGUGGCGGUGUGACCCGGUGGCGGUGUGACCCGGUGGCGGUGUGGCGGUGUGGCAGUGGGCGGUGGUCGGUGUGGCGGUGAUGGGCAGCACGGCGCUGUCGGGAGCGCUGUGGCUGGGGCUGCUGUGGGCCGGGAGCGGGGCCGGGGGCAGCUGCCAGGGAAAGUGCUGCCAGGGCCGGGAUGCCGCCUGCGUCGGCGAGGGAUGGAGGGAGGGAGGUGGCUACGGGACCUGCUACUGCGACGGAGGCUGCCGGCGAGCCGGGGACUGCUGCCACGACCACAGCCAGGCGUGCCCGGCUGUUCCCUGUGUAGUGGGGGAGUGGAGCCAUUGGAGUGGCUGUGCGGAGCAGUGCCAUCCCGGGCUGCGGAUCCGCAGGCGCUAUGUGCAGCAGGAACCUAAAAACGGUGGGGAGCCGUGUCCAGCUCUGGAGGAGAGGGCUGGCUGCCUGGAAUACCUGACUCACCAGGGAGAGGACUGUGGCCAUGAGCAUGUCCCUGCUUUCAUAACUACCUCUGAAUACGGUAAAGAAAGAAAAAGAAGAGCAACAUCUACUCUCUGGCCUUCAGACAAAGAAGCAGCAGGGUACUGCGUGGAGUUCAGGACGGAGUCUCUCUCGCAACACUGUGCCCUGGAGACGCGUCCGUACGCGCGCUGGAUGCGGUACCUGCGCGAGGGGCACACCGUGUGCGUGGCCUGCCAGCCCCCGGCCAUGAGCGCGGCCACGCAGCGCUGCGCCGGAGACGGCCACGACGCACACGGAGAUAAACUCUUACACUGGGAAGCAAUUGGCAAUUCUCAGUGCCAAGGAACCUGGAAGAAGAUCCGACAACUGGAACACUGUUCCUGUCCUCUAGUGCAUAGUUUUAUUUUUACAUAAAAGUUUAAAAGCCCUUUUAAGUGGCAACAAAAAGAAUAAGAAAAUUAACACCAAUGCCAAGAAAUCUACGUAUUUCUGCUGCAUUUUCUGGAGCCUUAACAAAUUUUAAAUGAGUUGGAACUUUGGCAGAAGCAUUUCAGGAAAUUCUGUCUGCCUUAAUACAAAAUGCAAAGACUGAUCUCUGUAUUAGAACACUAGAAGCAUGUUUCCAUGUUUCUCUUUUGUAAUUAAAGAGCUAAUGUUUCUAACCAUAGUAGUUGCUUUUCCUGAAGUUCUCCAUCUUUAUUGGCCACAGCCCUGGCUAUAGGCACUGCUUCUACUCGGCCGUGAGCCAGCCAAAUAUUUUCAAGUCUGAGAAUAGUUACUGUCAACAUUUAAGAGCAAGGGUGAAUAAAAGUGAAGUUUUCAAGAGCUGAAA